UUACUCUGAUUGAAGCUCUCAUUUUCCUCUUGAAGUAUUCAUUGUUUUUCUGCAAGUCUGAAAGCAGGGGAAAAAAAGUUUGCCAUUACACUGAUAAAUUCUUAUUUGUUUAUUCUUUAAUAUUAAGUGUUUAGAAUAAGUGUUUAUUCUUUAAUAUUAAAACAAAGUGGAAGUCAAGUACUUCUCAGAACUGUCGGCUGAGUUGCCAGUAACCUAAUUUCCAGGAGAUGGUCUGUUAAUCAAAUACUGAGAGUAGUUAGUAUUAAUGUCAAAGUUGCUGCUCUAAAGCUGGUGUCUAAUAUGUCUGCUCAACUGUUGUAUGAGAACUUCUUCAGCUAAGCAGAUGCUGUGAAAAGUGACCUGUAUGGAUGUUAUACAUUUGCAGUGUAUGGCAAAUGAUGUGGAUCAGAGGCUGUUUGAAUCUUGCUCUUGAGCUUAGUGGAACAAUAAGAAGCAAGAGUUCUCCAGAGGAGUGGUGUUGCUUUGGGAACUGCAUCAAAAUACCUUCCAAGGGCAUUAGUGAGAUCUGCAUCCCGGUGCCUGGUGACUCUUCUCAGACUACUCUGGACUUCCCUCCUCAGAACCACCCAUCAUUUCAGAGAUGUUACCUGCCACUAUGGUACCUGGGGGCUUAUCUGAAACUAAGCCUGCUACUCCAGAAAUCCAGCAUAUUGUUGACCAGGUGAAGCCACAAUUUGAAAGCAGGGAAAACAGAACAUAUGGCAUCUUUCGAGCCAUAGUAUAUAAGACUCAGGUGGUUGCUGGAAUAAACUACUUCAUUAAGGUCCAAGAUUCUGAUACUGGCUACGUCCACUUAAGGGUGUUCCAAGCCCUUCCUCAUGAAAACCAAGGUCCCAGCCUUGUCAGUUUUCAAACUGGCAAAACCAGAGAUGAUCCUCUGACCUACUUCUGAGAGAUGGUGGAGAAUGUUUCCGGACUUCUGCAAGUUGCAUGUGGAUUCUGCCUGUGUCAGUAAAUGCAUGAGAAUAAAAUAAGUUUUGAAAGCUUUCUUCAUCUUGUGCAUAUUGUGUCUAGG